AUGUUCCAAAGAUCCAUCCUUAGACAGGCCCAGGCCGCCCGCUCUCUCCUUUCCGUUCGCUCGACCUCUACCGCCCCGUUGGCCGUCCGUCGCACAUCACAAUGGCAGCCCCAGCUCACCCAGUUCCGUCCUCUGGUCCCCCGGGCUGCCUUCCGCAGCUACUCCACCGAGAACCAAGCCGCCGAGGGCGAGAAGAAGGAGAACGGCGCGGAAGAGGCCAAGGAAGCCGAGGAUCCCUGCCAGAAGGAGCUGGAGGAGAAGAAGAAGGAGGUCGUUGACCUGAAGGACAAGUACGUUCGCUCCGUGGCCGACUUCCUCAACCUCCAGGAGCGCACCAAGCGCGAGAUGGAGAACGCUCGCAACUUUGCCAUCCAGCGCUUCGCGGUCGACCUGCUCGAGAGUGUCGACAACUUCGACCGUGCCCUGCUGGCCGUGCCCGAGGACAAGCUGUCCUCCGAUUCCCCCGAGCACAAGGAUCUGCAGAACUUCGUCGAGGGUGUCAAGAUGACCCAGAACAUCAUGAUGAACGCCCUGAAGAAGCAUGGCCUCGAGCGGUUCGACCCCAGCGAGCCGGCCGAGGAUGGCAAGGCCCAGAAGUUCGACCCCAACCGUCACGAGGCUACCUUCAUGGCCAAGGUGGAUGGCAAGGAGAACGGCGACAUUAUGUACGUUCAGAGCAAGGGUUUCACUCUGAACGGCCGUGUAUUGAGGGCUGCCAAGGUCGGCGUUGUCAAGAACGACUAA